CGCUCCCGCAGGGGCCGCCCCGCCAUGAGCGGCGGCGCCCGGCACCGCAGCGGCGGGGACACUGCCCUCGGCCCGCCGUGCUCCCCCGGCUCCGGGGGCGAGGAGCCCCCCAGUCCCUCCGGCGGCUCCUCGCUGUCCCCCGCGUCCCGCUCCAGCUCCCCCAGCGGUGAGGAGGAGGAGGAGGGGCAGGAGGAGGAAGGGGCGGCGGCCGCCCGGAGCCCGCCGGGCCAUAGGAAGGCUGAAGACUCUGAAAUAGUAGGGGGGACAAAAGAGUCACCUUUGAAAGAUAAUCUGUCACCAUGGGAAGAGUGGUUCAUUGGCAAAGAGAAGGAACUGCGUGCCCGCUUCCAGGCUAGAGCUGAAGAGGAAAUGAAUAUACAGCUUGAGAAGAUGAAGCAAAAGCAAGAACGUGAAAGGAGGAAAAGGAUAGCUGAAGAGAAACACAAGGAAUGGGUCCAAAAAAAGAGAGAAGAGGAAAGAAGAGAAAAGAAACGAAAGCUGAGCAAAGAAAUGGCAGAAAAAGCCACAAGGGAACUAGAAAAAAUGCAGUUACAAGAAAAGGCUGAGGUAAAGUAUAAAGAAUGGUUAAAGAAGAAGAGAGAUGAAGAGGCUGAAAAGAAGAAAAAAGAGAAGGAAAAAGAAAAAGAACGGGAAGCUGAGCUGCAGGAGAAGAAAACAAGAUCGGAGAAAAUCUUUAAGGAAUGGCUACAAAAUGCUAGAAAUAAACCACACCCUGUUUUAAAUGAUUAUAGUUUCCCACAUGGGAAGUCCAAAGGGAUUGCUGACAGAAAUUCAUAUCCAGCCCCAGCAUAUUGCAACCCCAUUCCUUGGAAACCCAUCCAUGUUCCUCCCCCAAAGGAAGAUGGUGUCCUUACCAUGAAGAAGAAUAAGAGACCUGUAUCUUGUCAGCCACAUGCAUCUGCACCUAUGGUAAUUUCUAAGCCCAGGAGCAACCCUGGUAUUGGAUCCUUGUGCAGAAAGAAGUCAUAAUUCAGAAAAAAAGUGUUCUUAUGAUCUGGAGCAAACUGAGCCAUAAAUGUGAAAUUCUAUGUAGACAUAUGUCCAAAGCAGAUUGCUUUGUGCUUUUUUUUUUCAUUUUUGUGAAUAGGUUUCAGCUAACUGACCAAUCAGGUUUUUUAUGUUUUUCUAUGUUGCAUUUUAGUAAAAAAGAAAAAAAAAAAGGGGAAAAGAAAAAGUCAUCUUUAAUCAAUUGUAAUGGGACUGUACUUAAUACCAAUAAAAUGCACGGGAUUGUUUCUUCCUUU